GCAUCUAAAAAGAAAUAUUCUCCCCCUUUUUCUUGGCCCCCAAAAAUCGCAGAGCCUCCAUCGUAUUUUACAUCAAACGAUUCAAAAAAGUUCUGUGAGAAAAGGAAAAAAAAAAAAAAAAUCCAAAUCCCUUCGAAGAACAGAAAAUGAGUCGAAAAAUCCGCGUAAUCUGCAACGAUCCAGAUGGAACCGAUUCAUCUUCAAGCGAAAACGAAAGAGACGAAACAAAAUCUUCAAAAUCCAAACGCAUAGUACGAGAAAUUCACUUCCCCGUUUUCCCUUCUCACUCUUCUUCUUCUAAAUCAAUCCAUGAUGAAUCCCCUCAGAGCUCUUCUCUCGACAGCAACAAUGGCGGAGAAACCCAACAGCCAAGAAACAUUAGGGUUCUAACCAAAACCCUAACGACUGGAAGAACAGCCUGUCGAUAUAGAGGCGUGAGGCAGAGAAAAUGGGGGAAAUGGGCUGCUGAAAUUCGAGACCCUUUCAAGAGAGCUCGAAUUUGGCUUGGAACUUAUAAUACAGCCGAGGAAGCUUCUAGGGCUUACGAAUCGAAGCGGCUCGAGUUCCAAUCUGCCAUGGCCACCUCCCCCAAAGCUCCACCGCGGUUCAAAGCUUCUCAUCUACUGAGUUUUUGAACCGUGGAGUUUUCGCCCCGCGGCGGAGUUGACGGCGGGGGAGGAGGAGGGAGAGGGAACCGGCGUCGACGGGAAGGGGAGAAUUUUGGUUAUUUCCUUUUUUGAAUGCCAUGUCAGCUUUUCCUUUUAGCAAGUUAAAUCUUGCCAUGUCAACUUAUUGUAGAGCUGAAAGUUGCCACAUCAGCUUGUUGUAAAGCUUUAGAUUGUACUUUUAAUUUCGUUCUUUGUUUCGAGUUCAAUGACGUCGAGUGGAAUUCGAAUGCCCUUUGGAGAUUUUGAGAACACAUUAAUUUGAAAAUAAAUUUGAGAGCUAAA